CUGUUUCGACGCCAGGACCCCCUAAGACGAUGAUGUUGGGCACCGAAGGCAGCGAGGGAUUCGUGGUGAAGGUCCGGGGCUUGCCUUGGUCUUGCUCGGCCGACGAAGUGCAGCGGUUUUUUUCUGACUGCAAAAUUCAAAAUGGGGCUCAAGGUAUUCGUUUCAUCUACACCAGAGAAGGCAGACUGAGUGGCGAGGCUUUUGUUGAACUUGAAUCAGAAGAUGAAGUCAAAUUGGCCCUGAAAAAAGACAGAGAAACUAUGGGACACAGAUAUGUUGAAGUAUUCAAGUCAAACAACGUUGAAAUGGAUCGGGUGUUGAAGCAUACUGGUCCAAAUAGUCCUGACACGGCCAAUGAUGGCUUUGUAUGGCUUAGAGGACUCCCCUUUGGAUGUAGCAAGGAAGAAAUUGUUCAGUUCUUCUCAGGGUUGGAAAUCGUGCCAAAUGGGAUAACAUUGCCAGUGGACUUCCAGGGGAGGAGUACGGGGGAGGCCUUCGUGCAGUUUGCUUCACAGGAAAUAGUUGAAAAUGCUCUAAAGAAACACAAGGAAAGAAUAGGGCACAGGUAUAUCGAAAUCUUUAAGAGCAGUCGAGCUGAAGUUAGAACUCACUAUGAUCCACCACGAAAACUUAUGGCCAUGCAGCGGCCAGGUCCCUAUGACAGACCUGGGGCUGGCAGAGGGUAUAACAGCAUUGGAAGAGGAGCUGGCUUUGAAAGGAUGAGGCGUGGUGCUUAUGGUGGAGGUUAUGGAGGCUAUGAUGAUUAUAAUGGCUAUAAUGAUGGCUAUGGAUUUGGGUCAGAUAGAUUUGGAAGAGACCUCAAUUAUUGUUUUUCAGGAAUGUCAGAUCAGAGAUACGGGGAUGGUGGCUCUACUUUCCAGAGCACAACAGGACACUGUGUACACAUGCGGGGAUUACCUUACAGAGCUACUGAGAAUGACAUUUAUAAUUUUUUUUUACCACUCAACCCUGUGAGAGUGCAUAUUGAAACUGGUCCCUAUGGCAGAGUAACUGGUGAAGCAGAUGUCGAGUUUGCAACUCAUGAAGAUGCUGUGGCAGCUAUGUCAAAAGACAAAGCAAAUAUGCAACACAGAUAUGUAGAACUCUUCUUGAAUUCUACAGCAGGAGCAAGCGGUGGUGCUUAUGGUAGCCAAAUGAUGGGAGGCAUGGGCUUGUCAAACCAGUCCAGUUAUGGCGGCCCAGCCAGCCAGCAGCUGAGUGGUGGUUAUGGAGGCGGCUAUGGUGGCCAGAGCAGCAUCAGUGGACAUGGCAGCCAAGGAGCAGUGAACAGCAGCUACUACAGUAGUGGAAGCCGAGCAUCUAUGGGAGUGAACGGAAUGGGAGGGAUGUCUAGCAUGUCCAGUAUGAGUGGUGGAUGGGGAAUGUAAUUGAUCCUGAUCACUGACUCUUGGUCAACAUUUUUUAAAAGAAAAACAAAACUUAAGUUUUCACAGUUUUGCAAUACAAACUUGUGAUUUAUGCUUACUCUAAGUGGAAACCAGGAUUGUUUUAAAGACUUAAGGUUCAGUAUUUUUGAACACAAACAUUCAUUUAGGAUGUAACUAGGUUGAGUAAUCUGUUACUAUUAAUUUUCAGCUUUUCUCAAGUUAGUUAUAUUGUAGGAUGUACUUAAGCAGUAGGUGUAUUUAGGUUAAAGCAGUUGAAUUAUGUUAAAUGUUGCUUACACCACAUUACAUUGAACACUGCUUGGAUGCAUUGUUGAAAGACAUGCUUUUUUGUAAAACUCUAUAGGAGCUGUGUCUACAAUUAAAAGUGAAACAUUUGGCAUGUUUGUUAAUUCUAGUUUCAUUUAAUAACCUCUAUGGCACGUAAGUUUAAGCUUUUUUUUAAGUUAAUGGGGAAAAUUUGAGACGCAAUACCAAUACUUUAGGAUUU